GGGACGGUGAAAGUUGCCAAAAAAAAGUUGACAUAUUGGCGCUUGCUUUUCACUUCCAAUUUAUUUGGGUGUUUUCCUUGUGAAAAAACAUCAGAAAGUUGGUGGAUUGUGUGGAAAAAGUGUUAGUGAGUAUCCUGGAACAGGGUGCAGUGCAUAGUUGUGGUUUGGAGUGGGUGAGACUGCAGUCAUUCUCUGGACGAGGUGACGCUAACACAAAGAGGGUGGAGAAGUGCAAAAUCCAGCGGAUCUGGACUGCGAAGGGGGAAAAGGCGUCUCUCGGGGCAUUAGAGAGACACUGUAUGAUAGACAUAACCUCAAAUUCUCUCCGUCAAAUUUGGGCGACCUCUGGAGAGUGACUCGACGCGCCCCGGAAAUUUUCUUGCAGAGGGGCUAAGGAUGUCAAUUGACACAAUCAAGUGGAAUCAGGUGGUGGAGACCAAGGGUCCGCAACCGAGGCCUCGACAUGGCCACCGGGCGGUCACCAUAAAGGAUCUCAUAAUUGUUUUUGGGGGCGGAAAUGAGGGUAUUGUGGAGGAGCUUCAUGUCUACAAUACCUCAACGAAUGGCUGGUAUGUGCCGAGCAUGCAGGGUACAGUACCGCCUGGAUGUGCGGCAUUUGGUAUUGUUGCAUUGGGCACGAGAAUACUCAUUCACGGUGGAAUGAUUGAGUAUGGACAGUACUCAGAUGAAAUGUAUGAGCUUCAGGCUACAAAGUGGGAAUGGAAGAAGCUCAGUGUUAAGCCACCGAAUAACGGAGCAGCUCCGUGUCCACGGCUUGGGCAUAGCUUUACUCUGGUGGGCGAGAAAAUUUUUAUGUUUGGAGGCUUGGAGAAUGAGAGCAACGAUCCCAAGAAUAAUAUAGCCAAGUACCUCAAUGACUUCUAUACACUGGAUCUGCGCAAUGAGCAACUCCAGUGGGAGAUGCCUGUAACUUUUGGUGGUGGCCCCUCGGCCAGGGAAAGUCACAGUGCUGUGACAUAUACAGAUCCCAAGACUCAGAAAACCAGCUUAAUUAUCUACGGAGGCAUGGAUGGACGUCGUUUGGGUGAUUUGUGGAUCCUCGACACAGACACAAUGUCUUGGAGAUGCCCACAAAUGUAUGGACCUGUGCCAGAGCCGCGAUCUCUCCAUACAGCCACCGUUAUUGGCUGCCGGAUGUUCAUCUUCGGAGGCUGGGUUCCCCUCAGCAUUCCCAUGUCCACGGGAGAGAUUGAAUGGAAGUGCACCAAUACACUGGCCUGCCUCAAUCUCGAAACCAUGGUAUGGCAGGAUUUUUCCAGUAUCAUGAAUAACGUUAUGGAAAAUGUUCCGCGUGCCAGGGCCGGACACUGUGCAGUUUCAAUUCAUUCGCGCCUGUACAUUUGGUCCGGACGCGAUGGCUAUCGCAAGGCCUGGAACAAUCAGGUGUGCUGCAAGGAUCUGUGGUAUCUGGAGGUGGAGGUUCCACCUCAGGUACCCAAACUCCAAGUGCGCAGCAUUAAUCAAGAAAAAAUGGAAGCAACAUGGUCCCCAGUGCCCACAGCAAAACGGUAUGUGCUGGAAAUUGAGCGAAUUCCGGAUCCACCACCACCUCCCAAAGUGGAGCCCCCGAAGGUGGCUCCUCCGACAAAGGUGCCCGAUGUUGUGCCACCGCCUAUUGUGCCCGUUGUCCAGCGUCCACCAGUGAAGGUGGCUCCAGUGGCCACAGUGGCUACUGUUGUGAGUCAGGCUGAAGUAGUGUCCGCCCCGAAAAUUGUUUCACCUAGCGCUAAGAUUCAGAUUGUACAAAAUAGCGCCACCAGUAGUGGAGCCACGAGUGUCGUGCAACCACAAAUGGGUACUCUGGUGCAGACGAGUCAGGGCAUCAAAAUCAUCAGGACUGGGGGUCCAGGAGCGAGUGUUAUGGCGGGAGGGAAGGGGAUUAUAUCAACUGUUUCUACCCAGGGUGGAACUACGGUGUUUCCCAAGGUGUUCAAAAUAGCCACUGGGGCUCAGCCUGUUGGAGUGGCUGGAAGUGCCACAGCUGGGAGGAAUGUUAUUCUUUCGGGACAGCGUCCGAUUAUUAUCAAAAUGGGCAACAAUACAGCUGCCACGGCCAUUAGGCAGCCACAAAUUAUCCCAGCUUCUAGUGCCACCGGGACGAAGACUUACACCAUUCAGCUGCCACAGAGUGUGACCAGUGGAGGAACUACAAUUGGCACAGGACAACAGAAAAUCAUUAUGAUUCCGGCUCAAGCGAAGGCUACCACAGCUCCAGGCAUUGUCACGACGAUUGGAGGACAGAUUGUCAACAAGGUGGUCACUGAGGCAACGGUGAGUAAUCAGGAGGUAAAAUCCGAACCGUUGGAUCAAUUGGAUGGAGCAUCGGACUGGAUGGAGUUGAUUGAAAGGAGUCAACGACGAGAAGUUGGUGAUGUUGGUGGCAAUAGGAACAGGAAGAAACGGUGUCCCAAGUACGUGAGAAUGGGUUUGUUUGGCGGUGGAACAUCUCCAGGUGGUCAGAAUGCCGAAGACACGGACACAAUAAACUCAGAUGCUGGACAAAUGAAAAAUUCCCUAGAUGCUCUGGCGUCGGUGGCUGUUGAGGCGUCUAGCACGAAGUCAGAUACCAAAUGGUGCACCGUGGGCUUCUACACCGAACUCCAGGCCAUCCUAACCAAUUACGUCGAGUUUGGGGAAUGGAAUGGGGGUAUGGUGGAUAAGGUGACUGAUGACAAUGUGCCGGAUCUCAGCACAAAGGCGAGAGUUCCGUUGGAAUCGGGAGUGUCGUAUCGUUUCCGCGUGGCGGCAAUCAAUGGAUGUGGACGUGGGGAGUGGAGUAAACCCGUGACACUGACCCUGGGACUUCCGGGACCACCGACAAAUAUUCGUGUUAUGAAGACGGCAUCGGGAGCAUGUUUGGCAUGGGAAGUUCCACCGGCUACAGAAUCCGACAUCCUGGACUAUUCCGUGUAUCUUGGGGUGCAGCCAAAGGGGCCCCCAAAGCCAGCUACAGUGGCCAAUAUUCCCUUUGUCAAAGUCUACUGUGGCAGCGAAAAGACGUGCCUCGUGUCAAAUCGCAGUCUCGCCACCGCUUUCAUUGAUCGCACCAGCAAACCUUCGAUUCUUUUCCGGAUAAAUGCUCGCAACAACAAUGGCUCAAGUCGACCCACGCAGAUUCGGUGGAUUCAGGAGGAUCUGGCUAAGCUCACGGGCACUGGAGGAGGAGUUGCUUCAGGUGGAAGUCCUCAAGAUGCCGGACCGGCAAGCAAACAGCGUCGAACGGUUUAGAGAUGUAACACUUUCUCCGUUGCAGAUGGAAAAGAAAUGCAGGUGCGACUUUUUUUUAAACUUUUUUUUCUCAAAUUUAUUCCACACAUAAAUUCUAGCUCUCCGGAUAUUUUUGUGCCUUUUUAAUUUUUUUUUCGUCAGUCAUGAUAGCCUUUCUUCCUUACAUCUUCUCUCCCCCCCCCCCCCCUACCCCCAUGCCCAUCCAGCCCUCUGGAAUUAUUUGAACAUUAGAAACCCUGAAGUAUAUUUUAGAUAACUUGAGAGACGGUGUAUAACAUUUUUUUCUACACUAGCAAAGCAUUACAUUUUUAAUUUUUUUCUCCUUGAAGAACAUGAGAAUGAACUACAAUAUUCUUCAAUAAAUUCAAUUUUAUGUAGAGAAUAAUUAAUAAAGAAAUGUGUAAAAUAAAAA